GUUCAGGGCAGACGGCAAACAAACCACGUCCCUUCGGCUAGCAUCCUACUUACGCGCGACGCCAGGAAAACUUAUCUAUUUAGCCGCUACUACUACGCGAAUCAAACUCCAGUUCGUAUCUUUAGGAUAUAAACUAACUGCGGAGCCAGGGUGGAUUUGUCUGAUGUUUUUCAAUACAUUUUUUUCGGAGUGGGUUAAUAAACCAGCCGGAUAUUGGUAUUAUAAGAUGAAAUACCCUCCAUUUUACGAAGUCGCAAAAAAGCGCAAAGCCAGACCGUCUCAGGGAAGCCCCGAUUAUGGAAUUACACGUUAUAACAAUGGUAUAAUUAUGAGGUUUAUGUGCAGUGCGUGUCCCUGUAGUUAAUCGUAGGAGCUGAACUGGAUUUAUUUGGUGCUGAAAGAACAGCUCCGCCAGAUCCUCCGAGACGGAACUGGUUGUCUGCCCAAAUGUCAACAAGACAGACGUAUUGGAAUGUAAAAAGGGUGGCUGCAAAUCUGAAAAAUGAAUCCAAGAAAUGCAAAAUGCAAAACAAAACCAGGCUUUAAGAUUCACGUUUUAUUUGGUGCCUUGCCUGUUGCGAACGCGCUAGACGCGUAAUUUAAUGAUUUGCAUUGGGGUACAGGAAAUAUAAACUUGAAAUAUAAUUAAAAAAAAACAAUGUUUAGGAAGAAUUCUGUUGCGAAUAUUACCAAGCACCGGAAUCAACAGCGCAAACCGAGCGAUGGGCAAGAUCGACGACAAUGAGAGGAUAAUCCUCAACGUGGGGGGAACCCGGCACGAGACGUACCGGAACACUCUAAGGACGCUGCCCGGCACGCGCCUCGCCCUGCUCGCCUGCGGCCCCGACGGGGAAUCCUCGCCCGCGCGCCUGCAACAAGUAUCCGGCUUCAUUGAGUUCAACCCGAAAAGCAACGAGUACUUCUUCGACCGGCACCCCGGGGUUUUCGCCUACGUGCUCAACUACUACAGGACGGGGAAGCUCCACUGCCCGGCCGACGUUUGCGGUCCCCUCUUCGAGGAAGAGUUAUCCUUCUGGGGUAUAGAUGAGACCGACGUGGAGCCGUGCUGCUGGAUGACCUACCGGCAGCACAGGGACGCCGAGGAGGCGCUCGACGUGUUUGAUAUUAACGUGGAGAACUGCGACGGAGAAGAAGAUGAGCUGGGCAUCGAGGACGUUGAGACGUGCGAAGGCAGUUUGGGUCGCUGGAAAAAGUGGCAGCCGGUGAUCUGGAAUUUGUUUGAAGACCCGUAUUCUUCCAGGGCUGCUAGGUUUAUAGCCUUUGCGUCCUUAUUCUUCAUCCUGGUGUCUAUCACCACCUUCUGCCUGGAGACCCAUGAGGCGUUCAACACGAUAAUCAACAAGACAGAACUAAUAAAGAAUGGCAGCCAAGCGGACCACGGCCCGCAGAUCGAGAUCGAGACGGACCCGGCGCUGACGUAUGUGGAGGGCGUCUGCGUGCUGUGGUUCACCCUUGAGUUCCUGGUGCGCGUCAUCUCAUGCCCAGACAAGCUUGAGUUUGUCAAGAGCGUCUUGAACAUCAUAGACUUUGUGGCCAUUCUGCCCUUCUACCUGGAGGUGGGCCUGAGCGGACUCUCCUCCAAGGCCGCCAAGGACGUGCUGGGGUUCCUGCGCGUGGUCCGCUUCGUGCGGAUCCUCAGGAUCUUUAAGCUGACCCGCCACUUUGUCGGCCUCCGGGUCCUGGGCCAUACACUGCGAGCCAGUGUCAAUGAAUUCCUGCUCCUCAUUAUCUUCCUGGCGUUGGGCGUGCUCAUCUUCGCAACCAUGAUCUAUUACGCCGAGCGCAUCGGCGCCAAUCCCAAUGACCUCACAGCCAGUGACCACACCCACUUCAAGAACAUCCCCAUUGGGUUCUGGUGGGCGGUGGUGACAAUGACCACCCUCGGCUAUGGCGACAUGUACCCCCAGACGUGGUCAGGCAUGUUGGUGGGCGCCCUCUGCGCACUGGCGGGGGUGCUGACCAUCGCAAUGCCCGUACCCGUCAUCGUCAACAACUUUGGGAUGUACUACUCGCUGGCCAUGGCCAAGCAGAAGCUGCCCAAGAAGAGGAAGAAGCACAUUCCUCAGACGAUUCACGGCGGGUCGCCCACGUGCUGUAAGUCAGAGCACAACAUGGAGUGCAACAGCACCCAGGGUGACCUCUGCCUCAACAAGGUCAACAGGGCAUUGGAACACAACAGAUCAGUCUUGUCAGGUGACUGCAGCGGGGAAAGUGACCUCACCAUGUCCCCAGAAGACAGCCACCCCACACGCAGGUCCAGCGCCCAGGACCGGCACGUCCACAGCGGAAGGGCCUGCUACUUGCUGGCCACCAGCGACUACACGUGCUCCAGUGAUGGAGGGAUCCGGAAAUCAGGUGCGCAGGUUCCUCACGCGGUCCGUGGACGUGCUUUAGACCCGAGGUCUCACUGAUCGCCCUAGCAGGCACUGCCUCCUCUCUCCGGCAUCCCAUUCCCCACCUUAGGAACAGUUCAGUGUCGUUUUCGCCCCCAUGAAGCAGCACUACAUGCAAAGGUAUAUGUCAAACAUGCAUAACCGCACCUCAUCUUCCUGCAUUCUACAUCCUUAAUCAGCCCACGAAAGAAAACUCACUCACGAGAACCAGCACUGUUGGUUAGUAAUAGAACCAUGUGGGACCGGGCUGACACUAGGAGGCUGUUGAAGCCCCUCGGUACCGCAUGCUUAGCAGCCUCGGGUCAUUUGCUUCACAUACACACGAACUGUGUACUGCAUGUGAUGUCAUAAUCUGGGGUUAUCGUUUCAGACCUUAUAGAAUACGUACCAUUUUACUUGCAAAUCAACAGUGACUCCUAAGAAUGUACAGCUAGCUAAGUCAGUGCUUCGCAACCCAGUCCUCGGGAACCUACAGACCCUCCCAGUUGGAGCGAAAACGGGGACCUGGAUGUCCCUGAGGACCGGGUUGGGGAACACCGAACUAAUUAUCAUAGUCCGGAUUACAUCCGUACUUCCCUUCCUGGAAAGGACCCUCUGCGAGUCACAUCACCUGCAUAUUCUGAUAUUUAGAAAUUCUGUGUAAUUGUGAAUAAAGAGGUUCAUAU